CUAUGCCAUCACUGCCUCAUGGAGUUUAAACAUAACUAAAGGGUCUAAAUCCACUAUUUAAAGAUGUUUUUGGGCAUAAAAUAAGGUUAGUAAAAAAGCAACCAUUUAAAAUCUUAUUGCUUCAUCAAACUAAUGGCAGCAAGCAAAGCAGAGCAGGUGCAGUUCUGAAGUAUUGCUGAGAAAGAGCUGGGACAGUCUGCUCCUCUCUCCUCCUGCUCCGUUGCUGCAAUUCCCCUGACAGACGGCAGGGGGAGGCGGUGAACCAGGCUAGCUGCACCCAUUCCUGUUUAAACGGUCCCACGGCAGGCUGGCAGGUUCAGAGUGUGCUCGGCACCGGCCUCCGGGACGCGUCUCACUCUCCGUCCGGGAUGGAGAAAGACGCCUCAGCGCCGGACCCAUCCCGGCAGUGCAACGGGUUCUCGGGCGUGCUGUACGGAGAGUUCACCGACACUCUCAACGACGGGGUGCGCUACUCGGUGAGCCUGACGGAGAGCGCCCUGACCAUCCAGAGGAUCUCCUCGUCUCCCGACCGGACGAAGGUGGUGUUUAACUUGAGCGACUGCAUCGGCUGUCGGGCGUAUAAAGGGCCGGACAGCGCGGACAUCGGCGCUUACUUCGCGGCUUAUUUCUACCCGUUCAAGAGGCGCUGGAUGAGCACCGGAGUGGCCCGGCAGAGGGUGGAGCAGUGCUUUCGGGUCGCUCUGGUCCAGGACCCGCUCGUCAACCUCCGGGAGGCUGAAAGAUGGGCUCAUGCCAUCAGAGAUGCUUCGGUGCUGCAGGCUCCUCGGAGAGACGGUGUGACGUACACGAAGCUGAGGAGACCUUGCAGAACCAUGAUCCUGGUGAACCCCCACAGCGGACGGGGACAGGCUCUCCAGCUGUUCACCGGCCACAUACGGGCCAUGCUCACCGAGGCCUCCGUUCCCUACACGCUCGUCAUCACAGAGCACCAGAACCACGCGCGGGAGCUGGUGAGGAACGCCGACCUGACGCAGUGGGACGCGCUGGUCAUCAUGUCUGGCGACGGGCUGCUGUUUGAGGUGAUAAAUGGUCUGAUGGAGCGUGAAGACUGGCAACAGGCCAUCCAGACUCCUCUAGGCAUGCUGCCAGGUGGCUCUGGCAAUGCCCUGGCCGCAUCCAUCCACCACUACUCGCAAUCGCCUCCUGCCUGGAACGAGGAGCUGCUCCUGAGCUGUGGCUUCAUGCUGUGCAAAGGUCUGGUUGGUCCUCUUGACUUGGUGUCGGUCCAUUUGGCCUCCAGUCAGCGCCUCUUCUCCUUCCUCUCCUUGGCUUGGGGCUUUGUGGCAGAUGUGGAUAUCGAGAGCGAGAAGUACCGUCACGUUGGAGCUAUACGGUUCCUGAUGGGCACCCUGGUGCGUCUGGCCUCGCUCAGAGUAUAUCAGGGCAGGUUAGCGUACCUGCCAGCUAAAGAGGUACCAAAACCUCCAAACGAAAGGGUGAAGGCGACGCGUCCUCCGUUCACACCUCAGCAGCCGUCUCUCUGUUCGUCCCUUCCUUGUCAUCUCGUUCCCAGAGCUUCGCCAAAGCAGAGCUCUCUGAAAAACUGCGUCGAUACGAACCUGAACCAAAACUCCAUCACCAACUCCUCCAGCGUCAUCACCAACAUGAGGCCCGAGAUGCAAGGCAACAAUAAGACUGCGUCACCAACGGAUUCUCUCCUCCCCAGCCUGGACCAGCCGGUCCCUGAAAACUGGACGGUGGUCAAUGAGGAAGACUUUGUUCUGGUGCUGGCUAUUUACCAGUCCCACCUAGCGGAGGAUCUGUGGACGGUGCCGGGAGCGAUGGCGGAUGACGGGCUGAUUCAUCUGUUUUACGUGACGGCGGGAAUAUCCCGCCCCGCCCUCUUGCGUCUCUUCCUCGCCAUGGAGAGGGGUUCCCAUUUAGCGUGCGGUUGCCCCCACCUUGUGUACGAAAAGGUGAGGGCCCUGCGGUUAGAGCCCGUCUCACAACAGGGCAUGAUCACCGUGGACGGAGAGGUGGUGGAAUAUGGCCCCAUCCAGGCUCAGGUCCACCCCAGAAUGGCCAGGCUUAUAUGCGGAUGAACUUGUGCUUUACUUUAUAGUUCUAGUUUAGCCUUUUGUACUCAUUGUCGGAUUCUUUAUGUGUGCCGUCUUCUCAGAAGUGCCAAAGACAAUUAAUCAGCCUUUGGAAAUUCCUUUAUUUUUCUACAGAGACAACCUGACCUAUUUUUAUGGUCUUCUCGUUCUCUCAGUGUUAGAUUCAGGGUCAAAGCCAUGGAGGAUUGCUCUUACUUCUGGCUGGUCCAGGUUUAGAGAAAUGACAUGGAAAUGUAUGUACACACACACAAA